AUGGCGGUGGAUGUGGUGGCCCGGCUGUCUAAUUUGCCCACUAGCGUCACGGAGGCCCACAUACGCGAGCUCAUCGAGCCCUUUGCGAAGGUGCGGCGGGUGACGAUGCCCUCCCCUGUGCUUUGGCUCUCCUGCCCCACGGGCAGGGCAGAGGUCGCCGGUGACACGCUGGAGGACACCAAGCUGGUCUACGUGCAUCUGCACGGCACCGUUAUGGACGGCAACCGCAUCAACGUGUCUUUUGCCAAGCUCGGCGGCGGCCCCGGGCACGACGGCGGCGGUUACGGCAGGCGGGCGGCGGAGAGGGCGCCACGGCCGCCGGAGCGUAGGGACCCCCGGGCGCGCCUACCCCGCAGUGACACCAGCGACGGGUGGCGGCAGAGGGAGAGCGCGCGGCCCGAGCAUCGGCGCCGCCGCCGCGAGGACGAGCGGCACGCAGGGCGGCAGGAUAGGCGGCGCUCUCCGUGGAGCUCCGCCUCGCCCUCGCCUUCCCCGUCGCGUAGACGCAGACGCCACUCACGCUCCCCCUCCUCCUCCUCCUCGUCGUCGUCGGCUCCACGUCGAAGGCGCUCCUCCACGACGUCGCAGCAGCAGCGGCGGUGGCGGAAGCGGAGACGCACUUCGUCGCGGCCAAGGCGCCACAGCCGCUCGCGCUCGCCAAGCUGGGGGAACUGA